CCCGGCGCUACCUGUGCGGGCGCCGCGGGGCCGGGCGGGGGCCGGGAGGCGCUCCCAGCAUGGACUUUGACGAGCCCCAGACGUGAGGCUGUCUCUGCUCUCCUGGGGACGAGGUGACGACCUGUUAGAAGCAGACGUGGUUCUGAUUUCCUCAGAAGAAGCACAAAAGGAGAUGUUCUGUUCUUUGAAAAUAACUGGAGCCACUGGCAAGAAGCAGCGACACUGCAUCGAACAAGGGAACCGCUUCCAGGUUAUCAAAACAUGCUGUUGAACUGAAUUUUGCAGCUGCAUUUUCCAAUGUACCAUGGGAUGCAUCAAAUCCAAGGCUGCCUUCCAAGGUUCCAACACUGUCCAGGAUGAGAGGAUCGGGGGAGGUGGCGAGGGGUGCACUGGGGAGAAGUCGUCGCUGCUGGCGGUGAAGGCGGAGGAGAAGGGCCCCUCGAGCACCAUCGUGCUGGACUACGCGCACCGGCUGUCGCGCGAGAUCCUGGAGCAGGCGGUCAAGCAGUGGGCAGUGACCGAGAGCAAGUACAGCGACAUCCCCUUCAUCGAGAGCGACGUGCCCUGAGCCCUGCCGGGGCCUGGCCCGUCCAGGAGCACUCUGUGCGGGCUGCCAGCGCAGAUAAAGCACCCCCAGCUGUCCUCGGAGCAUCCCUGCGGGGAGGUGUCUGCAGGGAGAGCCUGAGAGAAUUUGCCUUUUAACGCAGGUUGCUAACAAACUAACUGGAUCCCAGUAGAACCUGUUCAUCAAGUGUCAUUCAUUGUCAGCUGUAUGUUGAGUAUAUUCUGUCUUUGUAUGUGUUGGAUGUGACCAGAAGUUAGCAUUAAAAAGAGGAUGAGAAGACUGUGGCUGCCCUGCACCUCUAUAAGCACUGCCACAGAGGACAAAACAUGGAUUAUUUCUAUGUUCUGCAUUAAAAAUCAGUGGUCUGUAGGUGAGAUGAACUCUCCGUUCUUGGUGAAUUUGUCUGCAUUUUGCUAAAGUGAAAUCAAGGUCUGCAUGUAGCAAAGGUUACUGCUAUCAUGAAUUUUACUUUUGAUUCUAUGACCUGACUAAAUCUGUAAAACCACAAGAUAAUGAAGGUGAUGAGAGCGCUAUGUAAACCCCAGUAGUAUUCAGGGAGCCAUUUGGAUGAUGAUGCUAUUUACCUUCCAUUGAAGUGAACCAGUGAGAAACAUGCCCAUGUCGAUAAGCAGUGCAUUAUCAUUAACAGAUGCUUCUGUAAAUGCAUGAAAGCUUGUCUCUAAAACCCUGCAGUAAGACAGGUUAAUGACAUCUGGUCACUGUGUUCAGACCAAAGCUGUUUGGUUGUUUGGUUUUGUUUGGGGUUUUUUUUGCGUUAGGGUGCUGGUUUGGGAGGAUUUGGUUUUGUUGUUUUACUGCGACCGAGAAAGAUGUGCAAAAACUACUGAUGAUAACUAGUGAAAGGAACAUUUAAAGGUGUGGCAAUGCUUUAGGACAACUUGUUUCAUGGGAACUGUGGCUGCAUUACACUGAAAUUACUCUCUGAAGUACCACCCUUGGGACAGGAUGUCUUCCUUCCGCUUCUGCAGGCUGCUGCUUUCCCGUUGGAAAACCUGUUCAUGGCAAUGCCAGCAGGAGUCACAGGAGCCCCAGCCCUGAGCAGUGCUCUGAAUGCAGAGUUAGGGACUAAGCCUUAGGCUAGAGUUCAAAGGCUGCAUUUCUUCCCCAGUGCAUCCACACGCUGCUCCCUGCAUGCCCAGGACUCAUAGCCACUGCACUCACAGCUGGCAUUCCACAGAUCAGGACACGGAUGGAUUGUUCCUAUUCAUCCCGAAGGUACAAUGUUGCUGACAUUUUAUACAAAGUGAAGGCCUUCUAACAGCUUGGCUUUUACCAUCUGUUUGUUCCCGUUUCUGUGAUGCCCAGUUUAAAAGAUACAGGUUUUUCCCUAGAUCAGAAUACUUUCCAUUUUGUUUUCAUUUUAUAGAGAAAUGCUUUCCAUACUGGCUAAAGCUGUUACUAUUUUUAAAAGGUACACAUAGUUCUAGUAAAUGAUCCAAAGCAUGAUUUUUCAAGCAAUGGGAAGCAAGCAGAAAGAGGACCGUGUCAAAUGCUGGUUUUAGUUCAUUCUCUGACGUGACAGUCUAUGAAUUGAGCUGUUUUGCAAAUGUUGUGACACAAACUUAGGUAUUUGAAAUUCACCUAUAUGGGGAUGUGGUUUUAUCAGGAAUAAAGGGUGAAAAAUGCUUCUCUGUGACACAGCACAAGGCUGCCAUUAAAUCCAAGUAAUCAGACUGGAUUCCCAGUGACCUGCUAUUAAGGCUGUUCUCAGGCCUUUGCUGGAAAAGGGAACAAAAUCAGCUUAUGCUGUAAUGUCAUCGUCUUUGAAGUUACGCAGUCUUCUUCAAAGCCCUGUGCAAAGUGGGACUAAGGUUUAUGGUUCACUUAAAUUCUCCUGCUAACAGUGACGUUCCUUCAAGUUCUACAGCAUAUAAAACAUUAGGUCAUACUCUGUUUGCUCUAAAAUACCUCCAUAAAUCAGUGUGAGUUAGAAAGCAAAGGAAGCCAAAACACUGAUCAAGUCAGUACAUAUCAGUUGGAUAUUGCUUAACCACAGUAUUAAAAAAAAUUCCUAUUCUUACUCUAGAUAAAAUAAAGCUUUAUUACAAAAAAGAAAAAAGGGCCAACCUUUCUAACAUGAGUGUGGGCUCGAGAAUGUUAACACUUGUAACUACAGAAAUUUAAAAAAAAGCCAAAGCUCCACAGCCAUUGUUGGCCAGACAGGUGAGGAGCAGGUAGAAAACUGCACUCACUGUCAGAGCACCUCAAGGUGGAUCUGCCCCACCCUUUUACAAGGCACCCUGGCGGUUGCCACAGGCAGUGGGGUGUUGCAGUGCUUCCUGUUGCCAUGUCUCAAAUCCUUCCUCUGGAUGUAGCCUUAGCAUCUGACACUCUUCAGGAAUAUCAGAUACACUUCUGAAAGCAGCUCCCCCUUGGCACGCUGCCACCGCCCGGUCCAACAGCAGGCAGAGUUAUCCAACAGCCAGAGGUUCCACCACAGCAUCCGCUGUCAUCAGCACUCGGAAUUUCCCCAGAGGAGGUGACCCAGGCACACUGACCAUGCCCAGGACUGCUCCCCUGGGGAGGAGCUGCUGUGUGAGGUCCCUGCCCUCCCUGCCCCAAGAGCUGCCCAUGGGGUGACUCAGCACCAGCUGCUUGGUGGCCCAACCAGUCCCUCACCUGCAGCCACCAACCUUGGCCCUCACUGGUGCCUGAAGAUUCCAGUAGCUUCAGCAUGGCCCCAAGUGCAAUUCCAGCUGCUUUACGAUGCUUUCCGUGACACUGGCACUUCAGGGACGGCACGCAGCAAAUGGAAAGCAAACAAGCUUGCAAACAACAGGGAGACGGCUUCUCACCAGGAAAAUCAUCUCUUUUACAGGAAGCUGUCCUUAUAAAUAAUGCACUUACCCUUAAUAGAAAAUAAAUCUGUUCAGUGCUACAGUCUGGUAAGAGAUUUAGGGAGAUCUCUCUCCAGAGCUCUGCUGUACAUUUAAUAGGCACAAUUCUAACACAUUGUAAAAAUAAAGACUUCUUCACCUAAAUAAAUUUAUGCUAAGCUGUGCUAGAGUUUCACAGAGCCACUGACAGUGGGUUUCCAGCUAAGUUGCCAUUGAUUCAUUGACUUGAUUUUGUGUAAUAAAGGCACUCCAGUUUGGGACUGGCAUACUCUGCAAAACUGUUUACUUCUAUUUAGGAGUUAAAAAUACAUUUGCUUUAUAUUUUCUCCAGAAAACAAGAUAAAUCUGAGUGCAUAUGAUGUGACUGACUUGAUAUUCUAAUAAUGGUUCAAAGUACAUUAAAUGCAGCACAACUUUGUAAAGGUGACGUUUCUGGAGUAAGGCACAUCAGUAUUCCCAAAUAAGACACACUACAAUAUAUUUUUACAAUAUUUUUUGUGGAAAAUAUUUUCUUGUGGACCAAAUAAAAUUCAACUUACCAUCUGCUUGUAUGCCUUUUAUUUGAAAAAAAUAUAAGAUUGCACAGAUUGGACAGGAUCUCGUUACCUUGAGCUUGGGAUAAUUCCUGUUCACAUAAAUUUUGGAAGCAACUGAACAUGCACGUCAAAGUUUAUUAAUUCAGAAGUAUGUUCUUCCUAAAAUCUUGUACGUCAUUUACAAUCAGAGGAGCCAUGAUCUGUGCUCCCAGGGAAUUCCUGUGUUUUUCAUUUAAUAUAGUUGGCUGAAGACUGCUUCUUUUAUACAAAAAUAAUGGAAUUAACCAAUCUUUAAAAAGGAAAUUUAAAAUAGCGAUUGUUUAUGAAUGUAAAACAUAUAAAAAAUUUAAAAUAAUGCAGGGGGAGGUUUGCACUUCUUAUGAGACUGGCUUGAGGUAGAAAGUCACCUGUUACUUUCAGAAUUACCCUAGAGGUAAUAAUGAAAUCUCAGUUACUUUUGGAACUAAACUCAAGGACAGUCUCAUAACAAGUAUGUCCAUGGUAACAUACACUCGCAGCUGAAAUUUUAACAAUUUUAUCUUACAAGACUCUAGUGCCAAAGCAAGGUGCCAUUUUUUCUUGAUUUAGCUCUCCAUUUGCUCACCUAUGAUUUUUUUGAAUGUCACUCUUGGUAGUUCACCUUGAUGCACGAAUUUCCUGGACUUUGUUUCCAGGCAACAGCUCCUAGAAAGGAAGGAGCCUUGAUCCAUUGCAGACCAUUGCUGUUGGUAAUAAGAACUGCCCAAUGUUGAAAACUCUGCAAUGGUUCUGCUGCAGCUCUUUUUGACUCCUCAGUGAUGGUUACUGACUAUGGCAUUCAAACAGAAGUUUUCUUCCUUUGGUCUUCAGAGAAGCCAAAAUUUGCACUUGUGACCUGCCUGUAAGUGUAGAAGUAAGUACGAAGAUACGGUGCUACGUGAUCUGAUGCAGCAUAAAAAAGAAGGCGUAAUGUUGAAGAUUAGUAGCUGUCUGUCGCAUACACAAUAGAAAAAAUAAUUUCCCUCCCACAAAUAUGUGUAUCAAGGGGUUCUGGUUGUGUUGUGUAACUUCAUGUAUUAUCAGCAUCAGAACCCUGCCACCUUGAAUGCACUGGAAACGUGCUGCUUGGUGCUCACAGCAAGGUUUGAGGCACUUGUUUCUUUACCACUGUAGGACCAAGAAAAACCAGCAAUUUUCUGACAUCAUGAAAUACUCAUUAUGCAGUUGAAGCAGACAUAAUGACAUUUUAAAAAAUGGGCUAUGCAAGCAAAGAGAAAUGUGCUUUAGGCUCUGGCAACAUUAUCACAUUUGAAACAAUGUUUACACAGCAAGGCUGAAAAAUGAACAAACGUUAAAUCAAUAAAACAAUUUCUUGUUCUCAGACUAAUACUGUAUCAGUCUGAGCUUUUAUUUAAAAGGAUAUUUAACACCAUGGAUUCUGUCUUGCAUUUUCCUUUGUAGCUCUGACUGCAUUAAAGGUUUAACCAUAUUUUAUUUUCAUUGUACGCAGAAGAACCUGCGGCACAAUCCAAAUUUACCAGACCAGUGGCAGAGCCAAGAACACAAAAGGUCUCUUGACUUUCUGCUGAUUAGGUCACCCCUUAACUGUGCUCUUUUCCCCAAGGGCUCCUCCUGAACUAAGAGCUGAUG